CUCUGGAAUUAUCCUGGACUUCAUGCUAAAAAAUUAAAAUUUUUGUCUUCUUAUGCUUUUAGAACACUUAUAAAGAAAAGGUUUAUAUAGCCAGUUAAAUCCAAUAUAGUUGUUAUUGAAAAAAAUAAUGGUUGAUCACCCUCUAUGUUUCAUUGAUAAACACGAAGACAAAUUAUCAGCUGAAAUUUAUGCUGUAUUGCGAGAAAGGGAAUUACAGACUCCAAAGUAUACAGGGACAUCUACACAACUUUUUCUACGAAGAUAUUUAGUAGACUGGUUGGCAGUCAUUAGUGAAAAGUUACAAUUGACACAUGGAAUAUUACAUUUGUCGGUGACGUUGUUCGAUCUUAUUAUGGAUAAAUUUGAUUUCCCUAAGCAGAUGCAGCUAAAUUUGCUGGCGCUAUGCUCACUGUGGGUUGCAGCUAAAUUAGAUGAAAGAGAUGAUUUGAUUCCAAGAGUUGCAACCUUGAGAGGUUUUCUGGUCAAUUCUCAAUACUUUCACGAAGAUUUUGUGCAAAUGGAGCUAACGAUAAUGACCAGUUUAGACUGGAGACUGUUAAUUCCAACACCAGUUCAGUUUCUUGAUUUCUUUUUAAAAGAUGCAAUCAGUGAGCAAGACCUGCAUGUUGGAUACAAAAUCACUGCAGUUGACAGGGCGAAGACCUACAUCCGCAAAUAUGCGUUCUAUUUUUUGGGUGUUGUUAUACAAGGUAAUCUCAUCACACUUUUUAUGAAUAUCUGCCAUCGCAAGUCACUGCAGGAGUGCUGUGCGCAUCACGCACGUUUGAGAAUUACUCCGUAUUGGCCGCUCUCUAUGGUAGAAGUUACUGGUUAUACUGAGGAUGAUCUCGAGUCUUGUGUGAAUAAACUAAUGAAGUACCACGAGGCCGACCAAGGAAGAUGUCAACAAUCGUCAACUUAAGAAAUUUUAUUUGCUGGCAAAACAAAUUGAGUUAAUGAUAUAUAGUUUCCCAAAGUAGUUUGCAGCAACAGACGUUUUUAAUAAAAAUUGAUGAGUUUGGGUUGAAGUGGAAGUAUCCAGAAAAAUUCAAUGGUUGCGCUGUCUCAAAUAAAUCGUUUGUAAAAGUGAUGUAUACUUUUGCGAUCGGUACUUUUUAAAGUUUACGUGUGGCCAGUUUAAGUGACGAUCAAUGUGACCCUAGGAGCUUCCAGUUCGCAUCCCUAGCUGGCUCUUCGGGUGUUCCUUGGUAAAUAAUGAUAAUAAUAUAUUUUGUUGUAACUGUUCAUAUUUAUUGUUGUUGUUUUGUUUUCAUAGAAAUAUAUUUAUAUUUAAGAUCAA